AUGGUGAAAGAUAGCUUCAAAAUCGCGGAUAAUGGCUAUUUAACAGUCUGCCCAGUCAUCAAAAACCUUCUUUGCGAACGCGGUCAAAGCCACGCGUUCGCGAAGCGACAAUCCAGCUUUGACCAGGAAAUCCUUCUUCGCGAUCGCAUCUCGCCACUCGCAAACGCGACGCUUCCACAGACUAAACCCUCGCGAUCGCCUGAAUACUUGCAUACGGUGAACGAUGAAGGAAGGCAUUACAUCAUGUGCCUCUUAGAGAGAAAGUGCAGUAGUGGGCGGUUCCAAGUUGACGAAUUACCAUGCCCACACGCUUGGGUUGUCUUGAAGAGCAAGUUUCUAAUUCCAGAAGAUUAUUGCUCUGACUAUUCCAAACCAAAGUCAGUUGUAAUGACAUACGAGGUGUCCGUGUAUCCGCUCCCUGACCGAAAGGAAUGGAAUAUACCAGCACAUAUAUCAGAGGAAGUUGUCUUACCACCCAAAUGGAAAAUACCUUCUGGAAGGCCAAAGAAGAAGCGCAAUAAGCCGUUCAGUGAAUUUUUGCAAAAGAAGGACUUAGUUCACAUUCUGACAUAG